AUGACCUGUGUUUCAAACAUCAACGCCGCUCAUGUCCAGCAUGCUUUGUCGAUGUAAGCUACUAGUAAACUUUGUCAGUAACUAUCUAAGGUGCCGUGUCAAGGUGUCCAGAUUCUGUAAAACGAAGUUACUAGCAUCGUUAGCUAGAUAAGAUAUGUAGACGUUCACGAAUCAACCUAAAACGGCAACUGACCACUCAAACGGCAAAUUCUGCAUCACCGUUGCAUGUAAGCGAUUCCAGACACAUAACGAUGGCCUGAAAAUGCCGUUUAUUCCUUUUUUAACUAUCGACUUAGAUCGGGAACCUGCUGGUCUUAGCAAACAUCCCUACUUAUGCACAUUUCAAUAAGUCUGACGCGUAACCAAUGAAAUAUAGUCAAUUGAAUAAAUAUUUAUCUAGAAAAACAAACAAUACGAAGAUUUCGCAUCUGUGUUCAUUUAACAUUCGUCAUACUAGGCGCAUCGUCUUCUUUGUUACAACCUUCCGUAUAGCGUAAGGGUGAAUGUCUUGUUUUUUUUCAGUAGAGGGAAUACGCAGACCUAUGACCUAUUUAUCUGGGGAGAUAUAUCUCUCACUUCAACAUUCCAAUUGCUUAAUGAAGAGUUUGCAUUUAUCUAAAUGACAUUUUGGUAUCCCUAUGAAGGCUUAGACCUACACCAUUACUAUUUCAAUGGAAUGCAAAACCAAUAAAUUGAGAAUGAUUAUAACGUCCCUUUAAAAACGUAAGUAAUAUUUUCCUCAUCAAGUUUCCAAUCGUCAAGCACCAAAGUAAGAUCAAUUUAUUCCGAAGCACCUUGCCAUUAAUGCAAACGGGUCCGAAAUUUUCGCGAAGGCAAUUGCAUAAUUUCGGCAGGGAAGUAAAAACGGUCCAAAGUAUUUUAAAAGCAAAUUCCGACCGACUGCAUCGUAAGGUAGGAACGUUGCUCAGGCUAAUGUUACGACAAGCAAGUAUGUAUGAAUUCAUACCUCCUUCAGAUAUUAACAAUUCUCUGCCAAAUCGUAAACCACGAAGAAUCUCAAGCAAGGAGACAAUAUGCGACGUCGCUCAGAGAACGGAAUGCAGGUCAUCGUGACAUAUUGCGUUCUUACUUUUUCUAUAAUUGACGCUACCGUGACCUCGUGACUAGAUGGAUUAAAACCUAAUUCUUUUAUGAAAACAAACUGGGGGUACUGUGAAAAAUGUCCAACGUUUGUUUUAUUGUCAGAUGUCUUGGUGCCUUCAUAGUUUCUUGGGGAUCGAGGUCCUGAUACGUGGGCUUUUUAUAAGUAGGUAUAGAGGAAUUCAGCACGAGAACAUAAUACACCGCCUCAACGUUUAUCCGAAUAUUUACCGAGUAUCGCGCCGUUUACACCGUCGCGUUGUUCCACUCAUAAAACUUGUAUUGCACAAUGAUCUGGUUUUGCUUCCUAAGCGGAGUCCCAUACGGUAAGCAAAUAACUGCCGAAACGUAUUCCAAACAGAUUUAAACGACAGGCCAGUAACUUGAAUGUCUGUGUGCAAACAAAUCGUUGUGUCUGGGGGAGGUGUUUUUGAAAAAUAGCGUAGCACUUGUCUCACAACUGCUAGAACGCGUGCGGUAAUUUCGUAUUGAUGUCGAUACCAGAAGGCACACCGAAAAUGCAGAUAAACCCGCUUUUAAGCCGAAACAGUCAUUGUUGUGUCAUUUAUCCACAGAAUACUGGCGAAACAUAUGCUUAGGUAUAUAGUUAGUAUUUGUUCUGUUAAUGCUGUAGGUAAAUUUUCUGACACUUUUAAAUACCGUAAUCUCGAUUGUCUUAAUUACGGGGUUUCUUGCAGUGUGCCUGAGGAACUUAUUAGACUGCACGACGUUUCCUAUUCUUUACUGUUUAAACUAUGUAGGAUAUCUGAUUUUUCCACACUUUUUAAGAGUUUUAAGAGUAACGCUUACGUAAACCUGUUGUUUCAUUCAAAUAAAUAAGCGCACAUAACUAGUUCUUUCGACUUUUUUGCAGAAUUGGAAAUGCCUCAACAUGGUGCAUUGCAAUUAAUUUUCUAAUUCUUGUUAUAAACUAAUCGCGUCAUUUGGCAUAUCAUAUUUAGUCCUUUAUGCAUUACGCUUUGACUAGAUCAUUUUGCAACUACUAUUGACAAUGUGGUGUAAGAUGUUACUAUCUUUUUUUAUACUUUUAGUCGUGGACUCGAACAUCCUGUCUGCCCCGAUUUAGGUGGCCAAUCACGUAACAGACAAGCGAGUACGGGUGGGGAGGGAGGGGGGUUUCAGCGAUCUUGCCCACAGCGGUGUCGUGUGUGUGCUUUCUGGACGAGACUGGUACGACUCACAACAGGAAUGAAUUGUUGAAUAAUCUGCAGUUACCCCUAUAAUUGUGCUUAGCGUUGAAGAACAGGAAGACAUCACAGAACAAAUUCCAAAGAGGACUUGUGAUACACUCUCCCUUCAAGAACACAGUCUCUAUUGCCGACAAAAUGAAACUAUGGUGCUCUUACAAGGGAAAAUCCCAGUCGAUAUACGACAAGUGGUACGCUCGUACUUGCCUUUAACUACCACCGAAUCGGCAUCUGACCAGUUUCCAGGUAUAAACGCUCAUAAAAAUGCUGGUUCGUCCCGUUGAUCCUAGAGAAGUGAUACUGUGUGUGUGAUGCAGUAUGUUUGCAAAUUUCGCUAAUAACAAUUACAAAUUAUUAUAAUAUGCCAAAGGCCACCAUCGUGUCACGCGAAGUCGGUUUAUGCUUAAGCUAAUGGGGUAUUUCUAAUUCGUCUAGAUCAUUAUCCUCUCAAGACAACUGCAUUUGAGAAAUUGAUUCCAACUGAGGGACGAGUUGAAAUUUUGAUACUAAUAUUCAACCCAAACUCGACGAAAUUUCACUUCUAUUUCUGGGAAUCACACACUGUUUCAAACAUCCCUGAUGCUUCUUCUCCCCUGCAGUUAACGAUACUCAGAUUGUUGAUUUGGCGAUGUCCAUCGUGUGAUUCACAGUAGGAUAGGCCUAGGGAUGGUGACUUGAAAAUCAAUUAGUUUGUAGUGAUAGUAGACUUGCACAGCUUCUACCGCACUCUCAUCUACACUUCUUGGACUCAGUGUCUGAACAUAGGCACGAAGACCGGCGGUGGGGAAGGGCGCGGUUUCCUGGCACGGCUGGAGCUGCCCCAGGCGUGCCGCCAUACCUAGUAAGAUACGAUAUAACGUUUCUAUUUAAGAAUCUAAUCAGAACUGAAGAACAAGCUCAAACACAAACAGCCGACGAUGCGAGAUUGAAGAAGGCAGUUGAUCUACAGACGAAACUCCAGCCUCUGCUCCGCCCCAUGAAUGAAAGAAGUAUGGCCACGAUAUCUGCUAACUUCUCGAAAAGUAGUCUCCCACCGCAUGAAAUCGACCUCCUGUCUAGGGGAAUAGGAUUUAUUCCUGCAGAUACUAUACCUACCAACUUUCUAGCUGGUCUCGAAUCCAAUCUACUUACCUCUAUCCUAACCAAAGACAAGCGCGCUGACAUACACAGCUGUGCCACUGGUAUCCUCCGGCAAAAAGACACCAACAAUCUUUAUUGACCGAAGAAGCGCAGGGAUUGCAAUCACGGAAAUCGGACCACAAUAUUGUUGCUGUUCCCGCCGACAAAAGUGGCCACCGUCAUCAUGGACAAAACUGACUACGCCAAGUAGGCCAUUAUAGGCUUCAGUGACACGGUUUCCUAUAACAUUCUCGCGGAAGUCCUAACGAAAUAGCAAGCCGCAGCCAUCCAUAAAAAGGUUAAUGAGCUUGCUCAUCUGAAAGUCACAGGUUCAGAUGACUCAAAGUUGAUGACCUCAGUGAUCCCCGUAUCGCACAUGCGUACGAUCCCCCAAAGGUUCACGAAAUUGGUACCCUACUGAGGAUUAUUGUUCUGCUCAUCGGAUCCCGUAAAUACGAUUUAGCUAAAUGGUUGUACAAGCAUCUGAAGCCGCUAAUUCGCGGAUCUCACUACAGCAUUAACAGCUCGUACGAAUUCCUCCACCGGAACGAAGGCCUCAAUCUAAACACUGAUUAAUGCCUCUUGUCGUCUGACGUCGUUGUCUUAUUUUCUUCUAUACCACACGAUUUACUAAUUGACUACGCAGCCCUACGACUAAAGGACAAUCGUGUUAAUAUCCCAGCGCAGCCCCUUAUUGAGCUGUUCAAACUCUGCCUUAAGAACUAUUGCAAGUUAGACAAUAAGUACUAUCAACAUGUGAAGGGAAGUCCAAUGGACUCCCCAAUAUCCGGACUACUCGCUGAACUAGUGCUACAGCGACCAGAAUAUGAGGUUUUUCAAACUCUCAAUCCCAAAAUGUGGCUCCGCUAUGUCGACGACACCUUCGUUGUAAUAAAGAACCGCGAAGUAGAAAGACUACAUCAGAGGCUGAAUGAUGUUUUUCCAGCCAUACAAUUUACCCGCAAAGAGGCAGUAGGAGACAGUCUGUCGUCGCCUGACAUAAAAAUACAAAGGCUGGACGACGAUAAUCUCGCAACCAUCGGGCAUAUAAAAGGGUCUGAUUUUAAGAUUAUCCUCAAUUAUAAAAGCAAUCACCUUGCGGCUCACAAAAGAAACUGCGUCCGAUCUCUCUUCUACCGGACCUACCGUUAUUACAGCAAUGACGAUCUCCUGAAGAAAAAGCCAGCUUAUCUGUAUCGGUUAUUUCGAUCCGAUCAGUUUUGUGGAGAACUGUAUCAGGCGUCAGGCACAACCUUGUUGCCCCUUCUCAAAUGAAGAAAUCGUGACACCUAAAUUCUUCUCCCUCCUCAGAAACCUCAGAAACGAUCGUCCGUCGGCAAAAUUAAUUCGGUAUCCGCGUUUCCCACAAGCCUGCAUCCUAGCUGCGCACAGUCUUAACUUGAGUAAAGGAUUCUAUCCCCAAAGAGGAACAGACUAACGUCAUCUAUCGCAUCCCGUGUGCCAAUUGCCCCUGCGUAUAUGUUGGUCAUACAGGACGACGGCUGGGAACUCGUAUUAAUGAACACAAACUAGCUGUCCGUCGACGUGAUCCACUGUGCCUCCUCUUUGCACACGCACUCCAGUGCGACCACCGUCUUAAUUGGAAUUACAUCGGGGUCAUCGUCACGGCCAACACAAGACGGAUGAGAGAAUUCCGAGAGGCAUGGCACUCUAACGCGAACAGCAUCAACCGCCACGUUAACCUAGACACCCAUUAUGAGGGUCUAAGAUCACUUCUCUCUAAGCCGAGCCCACGCCGCAUAAACGGCCGCUAAUCCAGGCGCCCGCAGUUGCUCCCACCUACCAUUCUCCCUCCCCUCUAACACGAGGAGCCGUAACGGUUCCCCCCCCCCUUCCUACCCUCCCGGCUCAGAACCCAGCAUGACUCCCUGCCUGUAUCCCACCUCACACGCUAAUGGUCCACCCGUCAAUGUUUGUCCUGUGGCGUCUACAAGUUUAGUGUGACCGUCUCACUCUCUCUGUUAUCUUCAUUUUAUUUAACGACGGGUUGGUGUCACCAAUUCGAAAAUUCGCAAGUACAGCUCGUUUUUUCCGAAGAACCUCUCCUUUUUUCAUAAAUAUUAGAGCGAUAGAGGAAUUCGCUUUAUUAUGAAACGAGAAAUUCAAAAUUUUCAGCAAAAAAUUGGCUCCAUUCACUAUGGGCAGUAAAUAAGUUAAUAGAUUAUUCCAGAGUCAAACAGUUUAACACAAAAGGAACGAUUAUUAUGAGGACAGUUCAAGUUUUAGUUUCUAUCUCUUCACAUGUAAGAUAGCACGGCAGGUAGGACAAUACAGCAGCUCGAAAAACCGAUGUGCGACAAGACAUAAGUCGGAAGCUGCGGCGCCUCGGGCGGGAAGACUUCGCAGAAAUAGGAUCAGAAUGCAAGGGAUGGGCAACGUCAUCUGUAAUCUCAGGCUUUAUUGAGCUUCUCGAAGCAUAGAGGACUUACUUUAUAUCAAGCUAUAAAGUUGAUAACGGCCCGUGAUCAGCUUACUUUAUAUCCACUACUGGAUAUCUACAACAACGCGCGAAGUGCUUGAUCUUCAAAUCUUAAUAAUGCCUGCGUAUCCCGUAUCCUUCUCUGAAGCUGUACGCAAAGAUGGACUGACGCCACUGGUCCGUGAAUGGGUCCGUAUGGAUAGGUGGAGAAAAAUCCAAAGCUCGUAGGCUGAUUGUUUGCUCGCCUUGCAGGCGAACAGAGGCACCGUGUAGCACUUACAGCUCGCAGCCACGAUCCGGCGUGGUGUCCCACAGACUCCAGACAGGCGGUGUAGACGUGCAAGUGAAAAAACGCUGCAGUGGAAAUAACGACAUUUUGGACCGCAACGAAUGGAAGAACUUCUCUGCGAUCAAAGCUGUCUACGGUCCGCCGACGAAGGGCACUGCUCCUCUCCUCAGCGCCGACGGCAACACUCUCCUGACUGAGAAGGCGCAAAUCCUACAGCAAUGGGCCGAGCAUUUCCGAGGCGUCCUCAACCGCCCCUCCGUCAUCUCCGACGCCACCAUCGAGCGUUUGCCGCAAGUGGAGACCAACGUGGACCUCGACCUUCCGCCAUCUCUCCAGGAGACCAUCAAGGCCGUUCAGCAGCUCUUCAGCGGGAAAGCACCCGAAUCGGACGCAAUCCCUGCUGAGCUCUACAUGCACGGAGGUCCCCAAAUGACGGAUCACCUGACUGCGCUCUUCCAAGAGAUGUGGCGUCAACGUGAGGUCCCGCAAGAUUUCAAAGACGCAACAAUCGUGCAUCUCUACAAGCGCAAAGGGAAUCGCCAAGUCUGCGACAAUCACCGCGGCAUCUCCCUGCUGAAUAUCGCCGAAAAGAUCUUCGCCCGCAUCCUUCUCAACCGCCUCAAUAACCAUCUGGAACAGGGCCUUUCGCCGGAAUGCCAAUGCAGCUUCCGUCGUCAUCGUGGGACCACGUAUAUGAUCUUCGCCGUCCGAAAAACUUCAGGAGAAGUGUCAGGAAAUGAGGACCCACCUGUACUCUACCUUCGGGAACCUGACGAAAGCCUUCGACACGGUGAAUCGUGA